AUGUCGUUCAGCGUGGGGAGCAAGAGAGCAUUUCCUUAUUGUUUCUCAUUCCAUAGCCUGCUAGACAUCCUCUUUUCUCAUUUCGUGCAGUUUUCAACUUCCCCUGGGAGAGGAGGCAUGGAUUCUCUCUUACUGUUGAGGGGGCUGUUUGAGAGGGGCCGAGGUGAUCUAGGAAACACGACAGACUCUAUGGCAAGGCCGGAUGUGCCACUUGAGGGUGGCCAAACAACAACCGAACAAGGCGACGACGACAGCGAGUACAUGGACUUUGACGAUAUCGAGAGGAUCUUGCAACAGCAGGGGAGCGAACGUACGCCCGAGUCGGUUCACCAGCGUUUCCUGGAGAGGGGACUCAUUUAUGUAGGGGGCAGUGGUACACGGGCGACCGGCCGAGAAGGUGGUGCAACGCCUUUACUGUCUGAUGCCGAUCCACAGCCGACGCCUGAAGGGGCUAGUGGGGGGACUUCCAGUCCUGAAGAGACACAAACUAGAAGGCGUAGAAGGGCUGACUCUCCUCUACCGGACCCUCCAAGCAAACCUGUUUGGGGUAUUUUUGGAAGCACAAAGCAAAGGUCCAAAAGCCUUGGAGAGACAUCUUCGACAUCGUCCAGCGAGGUUCAAGGACCACUGACCCCAGUGCCUACAUCUGGUCGUUCCAGCCCUCGGACACGUACUCCACCUGGUAGCAGCAUCUGGGAAGAAGGGGAUGGUGGACCAAUAUCUGGUGCGGGGGAAGGAAGAUCGCCUUCUCGGAGGGCUCGAACACCAAAUUGGCUUCCCGUUCCUUCCGUGCAAGGAGGCAGGCGCCGCACGCGCAGCGAAGGUGUCGAAGCCUACCCCCCAGAAGUAGUACCGCCCCGGCCUUCUUCAACAAGCGGGCUUGAACGUUUGAAGGCUUCUUUGAAGACUUUGUCGUUGAGGAGGCGCAGGAGCAGGGCGUCUGAUGAGGGCGAGGGGGCGCAAGGAAAGCAAAGUUCUUCAGAAGAGAAAAAGGUGAUAGAUAGAGUAUAA